AGGAACGUCAUUAAUACGCGCCUUGUGUUUACAGACAUUCGUAAGAAAUUUUAUUUACAAAUCUCAGCUGUUUUGACCCUAAAUACGGAGUUUUUAUUUGUUAAAACAAUACGAAAGCUUAUGGGGGACGAGCACAUAGUAAAAAAGAAAGAAGUGCAUUUUUGAACGCAUGUUUUGUGUAUGUGGUGCGAAAAUGUUUACCAAAAUACUACCAGAGGUCAACAUUUUGUGUAUAACUGCUAAUUGCAAAGUAAAAGUUGUGUUUUAACAUGACACCUGCACAAAGAGUCUUAAUGUGAGAAUAACAUGGAUGAAGCAGAAGAUUUAGAGACACUAGGGGAAAAGCUGUACUCUCUGAUUUACCCCAAACACAAGGAGAAAGCUGGGAAACUCACAGGAAUGCUGCUGGAGCUCCCGGGGCCGGUCCUGGGUCUGAUGCUGCAGGAUAAAGCCUCGCUGAGUGCAGCCGUGGAGAAGGCCCUCGGAGCCCUGCAGUGGGCCCAGGAGCCCAGCAGGGUGCCGUGUAAGGAGGAGGACGAGGUGUCUGCGUCCUCAGACUCUGUGGGGGAGCAGCUGUUUGAGCUGGUGGACGUUUUCAACACCGGACACUCCCAGAAAAUCACAGGUAUGCUACUGGAGCAGCACAAGGACGCAGUGUUACAUCUUUUAUCAGAUCCAAAUGUGCUGGAAGAGCAGGUGACCUUCGCACUGAAGACUCUUCAAGAGCAGAACAUGGAGGAGACGGACGUCAGUGACUGGUCGGACGCUGAGGACACAGAGAGGCUGGGGGAGAAGAUAUUCUCUCUGGUGGAGGGGCUGGACCCUCUGCAUGCUCAUGACAUCACAGGUAUGCUGCUGGAGAUGGAGCCCGCUGCUCUCCUUCAGCUGCCCAGCAACCACACCCUGCUGCAGGCAGCUGUUCAGAAAGCUCAAGCAGCCCUGCACCCUCGGAACCAAACUCUCUCCACUUAAACACACAAGGGCAGCAUUUGAAACACACAAUAAGACAUUUAUAAUGAUAAUAUAACGCUGGGAACAGCUUGCACAUCACUCCAAGAGAUCAUGGUAAUACAAGUCCCUUACAUCAGGAACUGUGUUUGUUUUAUACUGAUUGUUGAGCGCAUUUUGUGAGUCUAAGUUUGAUUGAUUUGAUUUACUGUAAAUAAUUGAAGAGUGGAGAAAGCACAAAUUGAUAUUGCCACCUUACUUUCAUCAGAAUCAUUGUUGCUUGAAUAUGUUUACUGUAAAGUAAAAAAAGUGCUUAUCUAAUGUUUGCCAACAGAAAUGCUGUGACAAUUGAUCAGAUAGUUUUUGUACUGUACAUAAUGACGUGGUGAACUGUCUUUGCUAACAGAAAUACAGCAGAUUAUAUAAAUGGAGGACCAACUUCAACAUUGUCACACCGUGUUUAAAUUGCAUUUGCAUGAACUGUAUCUAAAAGUAGAGAUUAAAUGAUAAUCUAUGAAUCAAACCUGUAAUCCCCUCCAUCACCAUCUGAAUUUACAAUACACGGAAGAGGAAUAGUUUUUGGUGUAACUGGUGAUUGAAUUUCCACAUCACAUAAACGUUUUUUAAUCUGCCUCCUCCU